AUGUUUGACUGCACUGAACUUACCGCACAACUCACCCUCGAGGAGGCCAGUACGCUACUUCACGGCGCCGAUUUUUGGCGUCUCAGUGGCGUACCGCGCCUCGGUGUGCCCUCUGGCCUCAAGCUGUCCGACGGCCCAAACGGUUGCCGAGGCAAGGAUUUUAUCGAUGGAGCGACCCUUGCCUUUGCUGUUGGAACUGCGCUCGCCAAGGACUGCAAGUCAAAGUCCGCUUCCGUUCUCCUCGGUCCAACGGUCAAUAUUCAUCGUUCGCCCCUCGGUGGUCGCAACUUUGAAAGUUUCUCAGAGGACCCAGUUCUGUCGGGCAAGAUGGCCUCGGGCUACAUCCGAGGCCUUCAGGAGCACGGUGUCACUGCUGUCAUCAAGCACUUUAUCUGCAACGACUCCGAGGAGACUCGCCGUACCAUGAACGUCGUUGUCGACGAAACGACCCUCCGAGAGGUUUAUCUCCGUCCAUUCCAGAUUGCGUUCGCUACCGCCCAGCCACACGGAAUGAUGACCUCGUACAACAAGGUCAAUGGGACGUACGUCGGCGAACAGAAGCGUCUUCUCCAGGGAGUCGUGAGGGGCGAAUGGGGAGUGAAAGACCUGUUUGUGACUAGCGACUGGUGGGGCACCUACUCGCUCGAGGCGGCCGUCCUGGCAGGAAUGGAUUUGGAAAUGCCGUUUGGUCACUUCCGUGGCGAUAACGCACUGAAGAAGGCUGCCGAGAAGGAUGAAGCACUGGCCGCCGCCGUCAAAGAGCGCGCUGCCAACAUUCUUGGUUGUAUCGAACGCUCGGGGGGAUUUGACCUGCCGCCCGAGACUGAGGAAGUCGCUGAUGACGACCCCGAAACUCGCAACCUGAUUCGCACCGCCGCCGCUGAAGGGAGUGUUCUGCUGAAGAACAACGGUAUCCUCCCUCUCAACGUCACGACACCCGUCGCUGCCGUCGGUGUUUUUGCGAAGGUUCCACUUGCCCAUGGUGGGGGUUCGGCGAGCCUCAACCCCCACCGCAAAGUGUCUCCCUUCGAGGGCCUGUCUGGGCAGUUUGACCAUGUUCAACUCGUUCCCGGCGUUCCCGCAUUUUUCAUUCCCCCGACGCCCACUGCUGGAGUAGCCACCAACGAGAACGGACAGGAUGGAUGCGAUCUCGUCUUUCGCAACGCGGAUGGCUCAGUCGUCGAAAGGCGUGUCCUCCGCCGCCCGUGGUUGACUUGCCUCGAUGAAUACCCACAAAACCUGGCGCCCGGAUGGACGGCGACGAUGACAUUUACGCUCUGCCCUCAGACCACUGGGGAACACCUCCUGUUCAUGUCGGCACCAUCCAAGGCUGAUCUGUACCUCGACGACCGUCUCAUCUGCUCUACCCUUGCCACGCCCAACCGCCGCGAGGACUUCCUUCAGGCGCGUCUUGAUCUGCUGUCCACCCAGACCACUCUCUCGUUGGAGGGCAAGAGAAAUUACCGCGUGCGGAUCGUCCUUCAGUCCAACGAAGAGUUGCUGUACGCCACAAGCUAUAAGCUUAACGGUGUUUACUUUGGGUUCCUCAAGCAGACAGAGGAAUCGGACGUUAUCGCCUCAGCUGUUGCAACCGCCGAACAGCUCGGUACCGCGGUGGUGUGCGUUGGCCAUGGUAACGACUAUGAGACGGAAGGAUUCGAUCGUGAAACAAUGAGCCUGCUCGGAAAGCAGGACGCUCUUAUUCACGCCCUUGCCAAGUCGUCUGCAAAGGUCAUUGUCGCUAUUUACACCGGGUCGCCGAUCAGCAUGCCGUGGCUGGAUGAAGUCGACGCAGUUGUGCAGUGCUUCUUCCCUGGCCAAGAGCUUGGACACAGCCUGGCGGAUAUUCUCAGCGGCAAGGUUAACCCCAGCGGCCGUCUGCCGGUCACUAUCCCCAAGUCGGUUGAAGACACUCCUUCCUUUGGCAACUUCCCGGGCACCAACGAAACGGUCCACUAUGAGGAGGGUCUAUUGGUUGGAUACAAGCACUACGUUACCGAGGAUGUGGAGGCCAUGUUCCCCUUUGGACACGGCCUGUCGUAUACAGCGUUUGCCCUCAGUGACUUCACCAUAGCAGGUGUCGAGUCCUUUACAGCUGGCAAGCAGCUGCGCGCGACCGUCACCGUCACCAACACUGGAUCCCGCCCCGGUCGCCACACCGUCCUGGCCUUUGUGUCCCCUGCCAACGUGGCCAGCGGUCGCCCGGUGCUAUCUCUUGAGGCGUUUGGCAAGACACGCAUUCUUGUCCCCGGCGACAGCGCCACGGUGAAGAUGGUGUUUGGGUCGGACGCGUUCAGCCAGUGGGAAGGAGGCAGUGAUGGCCACUGGCGAGUUCACGAGGGAGAGUACAACGUGGAGCUACGGGACCAUGCGGCAGCACCCCCAUCUCAAACAGCGACUAUUGUCGUUGCCCGUGGGUGGACCUGGGCUGGCUUGUCUGGGUAG